GAUCCCCUUUUGCCGGUGUGCAUAAAUAUACACAUCGAAUCAGAACUAUCAAGACGGGGACACGUUACAGGAUGACUCGUCUCUAGCCCCUUUCCUGUCCCGCGGUGUCCCGUCUCGGGGACACCGCUGGCCUGCUGCCUUACAUGGGCAAACCUCUCGACUCACGGAGACGGCUGGAAUUUCAGCGCGUGACGUCACCGCCUACAAACUCUCCCAGAAUUUGGAUCAAGAAGUUUCGCUUGUUUCUCCCCGGGAUUGGAGCCUCUCGUUUCAUUCCCUGGAAAGCGAGAUUUCAUUACGAGGCAAAGGGCAUCGCUUCGACAACCUUCCAGCAAUCCUGCACAUCCAGAGUGGAGACAAGAACCAUGUGGAACAGCAACGACCAGACGGGACAAGUGGCCGCCAGGAUGGAGACCACUUUGGGCAGCGCGAGCAUCUCCAUCUCCCAGCAGCAAGCGCCCAAGAAAUUUGCGCCCGUGGUGGCACCCAAGCCUAAGUUCAACCCUUACAAAGCUGCAGGAGAGUCCUCCUUCCCUGACCCCUCAGCAGACUACCCCCCACCUCCGCCACCUGCCGAAGACCCAACCGGUUUCUCGCCGCCCCCUGGUUCAUUCCCGUCUCCUCCACCGUUGAACUCCUGCGAUUUUCAGAUCGGCGGCCCGGGGAAGACCCUGGAGGAGAGGCGCUCCAGCCUGGACGCUGAGAUCGACUCCCUCACCAGCAUCCUGGCCGACCUGGAGAGCAGCUCGCCCUACAAGCCGCGCGCCCCCCAAAACUCCUCGGCAGCCUCCACCCCCAGCGCUCCAGUGACCGGUUACAAGCGCAUGGUCAUCCCAAACCAGCCGCCGCUGACUGCCACCAAGAAGUCUACGCCCAAAUCUCAGGCACCCGGGGGGGUCUCGUCCACCCCUCUUUCUCCUACCAGCCCCGUGGUCAAGGCUCAAAGCCAUGCCGCCCCUCAGCCCGUACCAGCCUCCUAUGCCACAGCCUCAACCCCGAGCCAGCCCACUUUCAACGUCCAGGUGAGGUCGGCCCAGCCCGGCCCCCAACAUCAAGCCCCAAUUGGCCACAACUUUGGCCAGCAGCCAAUUCGGGGCCCUGCACAGGUGCAGUACAUGCCCGCCCAGCCCAAAGGUCCUGACUUUGCCUAUGGGCCACCACAGCCUGGGUUUUCCCAGAUGGCUCCAAUCGGAUACCAAGAACAUCCCUAUACAGCACCCCAAGGUGUCGGCAUAAGUCCCAGGAGACCUGAGCCGGCACCUGUCCAGGCUUACCAACCUCCGGGGCCCAGAAAGACCUACAUCACAGAUGUACCACCAAGUCUGGCUCCUUACACUGCUGGACCAGCUAUUCCGCCAAAGGGCGGCGCUCCCAUGGCCCACCCGGAGGACGAGCUGGAGCGCCUGACCAAGAAGAUGCUGUUUGACAUGGACAACCCGCCGUCCCAGGAAUACUUUGGGCGCUGCGCCAGCUGCGGAGAGAACGUGGUGGGUGAAGGCACCGGCUGCACCGCCAUGGACCAGGUCUUCCACGUGGACUGCUUCGUCUGCAUGACCUGCAGCAGCAAGCUGCGCGGCAAGCCUUUCUACGCCGUGGAGAAGAAGGCCUUCUGUGAGCCCUGCUACAUCAACACCCUGGAGAGCUGCACCAUCUGCAGUAAGCCCAUCAUGGAGCGCAUCCUGCGGGCCACGGGGAAAGCCUACCACCCCCACUGCUUCACCUGCGUGGUGUGCCACCGCAGCCUGGACGGCAUCCCUUUCACCGUGGACGCCUCCAACCACAUCCACUGCAUCGAGGACUUCCACAAGAAGUUUGCUCCGCGCUGCUGCGUGUGCUCUGAGCCCAUAAUGCCGGCGCCGGGCCAAGAGGAGACCGUCCGCAUCGUGGCCCUGGACCGCGACUUCCACGUUCAGUGUUACCGCUGCGAGGACUGCGGCUUUUUGCUUUCCGAGGGGGACAACCAGGGCUGCUACCCUCUGGACGGACACGUGUUCUGCAAGAACUGUAACACCAACCGCAUCCAGGACCUCACCGCCAAGGCCACCACGGACCUUUGAGCGCCCGCCGCGCCGUCACCUCCACUGUGAUACCCCCCCCCCCCUCUCUGUCUCUGUCUCGCAAACAUACCAAUCCACAGACGCUUGCAUUCCUCACUAUAUAUAUCUAUAUAUAGAUAUUCACUUCCAGUAAGAAAAGUGUCACUUUCACUUACACGUAUGUAUUGACUCGGUACAAACACGGCUGAAGAGGCUGUUUGUUUUUCUCUGCUGUUUAAAGGAACAUUUUGGGAAACACUCUCUUCCGACUGAGAGUUAGACGAUACUACUUUUUAUCUUGUUUAAGAAGAAGAUAUAUUAUUUUAAAAUGAGUACAUUGUUCUGAUUAUCAGUGCGCUAAAUAUAAAGCUAAAAUCAAAAGGUGGAUAGCUUAGCUUAGCAUAAAAACGUCAUCCUGGCUUUGUUCAAAGUCUUUUUUUUAUAAAAGUUGGCUUCUGGCAAAGAAAUAGUAGGAAUAGAAGUAAAAAGCAACAUGUCACUUUUAAACUUUUAAAAGUUCUGUGACAAAGCUAGGCUAACGUUUACCAGUCUUUAUGCUAAGCUAAAGUUCUGAUGCUAAACUAAAUAUUGGUCUUCUCAUCUAACUCUUUGUAAGAAUGCAAAUAAUUGUUUUUCAAAAUGCCUUAAAUCACUCAAUAAUCCACCAGUUAACAGUUCCAACACACAUCCCUCAGUAUUAUUAUCUCAAAUCACAUCAUCGUCAACCAACGUGUUCUUGUCAUGUUUGUGCACAUGCAAGCCCAAUUGUUUGGGGUCCAAAUGGAGUGUGACUCCACCAAAACAUGUAACAUGUUAAGCGCGCCUGCCCUGCUGGGUGUGUGUGUGUGUGUGUGUGUGUGUCUGCGUCAGUAUUCAGUGUGGGGUGAGGAGCUUCUUCCUUAGUGUUUCAUUCACAGACGGUACUCUGAUAGGAAUAACAGUUCUAAACAGCACCAAAGAAUUGCAUUUAAGCUGCCAUACCUACUGCGUGCUGAUCUGCAUGCGGCCUAUAUAAACGUUCCAUUCCAUCGGUCGGGACCACAGGAAAUCACAAAGUCUGAUCCUCAGCAGGCAGCUGGUGAAUGCAAUUCCCUUUUUAGCAAAAUGUUUCCUUUUGUACUUUCCUAUGGAAUUUGCUUCUAUGCAUACAAUAGAUAAUGGCCUGAACAUUAUAACCACGGCUCCCCAGCCAUCAGAUACGGCUUAACGGUAUUUCUGAGCACAUAAACUCGUCCACGGUGACAUAGCUUAGAUUAAUGACUGUAGUGUACGUCGACGGAUUCGAGAUGGCUAUGCAAUUUUUGAUGUUGGUUGCAUCGACACUUUAUAAGAGGUUUCUAAUGAAAAAGGAAAUAUUUGACCUGCACAGAUUGGAGUCCUUAUGGUGAUCCUUUAAUCAAAGACUCUGCUGUUGGUACUGUGUGACUUUGUGCGUCGCUGUGCUGAUCAUAAUGAAUUGUGACACUGAUCUGUUAUAAUUACUGGGGGGGGAUUUUAAGUCGAGUCUCUCAGAAAAAUAACCUUUUUUUUAUUUUUUAUUUGUUCCAUCCCAGAAUGACAGCCAGUUGACCAGCAUUUGGUUUGGUUUACUAGUCACUAGAGCCAUACGAUGUUGAGUUAACGGUACCCUGUGUAGUUUCUGGCCACUAGUGACCAUUGAGUUUUUUAGGAUUGGGUCCCUGAGGGAGAGGUGGGGAUUCUCGUUGAAUCUGAUUGGCCAAUAGGUUGCAAGCCAGCGGGGUCGUUAGUACCAGAACCGGCAUCGCUAAAGGACCCGAAAUUCAGAUGGGAGUGGAGCGUCUGUGUCCUAGAGCCCUGUGUCAUAAUCUGUCCAUGGCUGUACGCUUCUAUACAAGCCAGCAAAUAAGGAUGUAAACGUCGUGCAUUUCAAAAUAUACAAAGAAUGUUUGUUUUUUUUGUCUUUGCGAUGACUUUACUGGGGUACACGCUUUGUAAAUCACUGUGCUUCUAAGCCUGCUAACGGAUUCUGACAUACUUUCUACACAGAAAUAGUAAAGAAUGUGUCUAAAGAAGUUUGUUUCAUAUUCCCUAAAAAUGGAGUGAGCGCUGUGCACCGCUUCCCCUCCUCAAGGUUUCUGCUCAUCGUGUCCUCAACAGUGUUUCCAUCAAUAUUUUGAGCGCAGUUCGGUGGUCACAUAGAAAAAUCAACGCCAGGACUUUAACAACUCAUUACCAAGUGCUCACUUAUGCCAGGAACACAUUCUACACUCAUCUCCAGCUGUUUUUUUCGUUUUCGGCUAAUAUUCCUAUUGCGUUGCUCUAAAUAAGUCAAAAUGUAGAGAGGCGAAAACACGUAUUCCCCUGAUUUGAUCUCUAACAGAACAUCACAGCGGCUACAUGAGGAGACACUUAGAUGAUCUCGUGGCUUCGUCGAACAGCUGACUCAGACAUCCAGCUGAUCGGCUGGUUGUCAGGUGACAUUUUGUCAUACAUCUGUUUGGCGUGCGGCUCCCGUCGGCCUUCUGUGAGAGGCCAAUGAAGGGCCUUCGUGAUCAGACGUUGGAGGUACAGCGUGAAGAUUUCAAAGCGACUGAGUAGUGUUGUGUUACGAUGCUCCUCCAGCGCCCCUUCCGCCCGGCAACAUCCGCCGUGCCAUCGGGCAUGACCAUUGCACAGCCGAACCAUGCAGGCGUUCUCAUGCACGCAGUGACAUGUUUGUGUGAAAGUACGCAGUAGUUAUACAAAUUGUCUUCCAAUCAACCGGUUUACAACAAAACAAUGCAUUUGAUAUAAUGUGUAACUCAGCCAAUCAGGUGGAUUGCAUUAGGCGGGCUGAAUUAGCAGCUAGCUUGGGAACAAAGUUGAGCGCCUGUUAUGUUGCACGUUGCCAAAGAGGCUUAAAAUAGGAAUUUUAUCACUUUAUUUAAUAUGGAAAACCUUUGUUUUAACUAUAGGCUUUUUUUUUUUUGAUUUUAACAUAUUAAAAUGUGUUAUCGUAUCGGCUUAUUAGCACGUGUUUUCUCGCAGACGUACCCUGGCAGUCUCAGUGGAACCUUCACGUGCUGUGAAAGCAGAAUCAAACUCUCCUGUUUUUCUUUUAAAGGGCGGUUUGUGAACUUAUCUUCUGUGACAGCUCACGGGUCAGGAAAGCCGAAGCCACCAGUUAACAAAGAGCCGAAUGAUUUUAUUCCUUUUCUGUUUUUAUUUGUCCAGUGUAUUUGUGUUGUUGUCUUGUCCCACCCGUGUUUGUAAAAGUGCCUUUAAACGAGCGGCAUCCAAUGGCCGUAGAAACACGGCGCCAAUCCACGCGGUGGAGACCUCCAUCUGCCUUCAGAGGCGUCGAGGCCUUCAGCCCGUUGUUGUUCUCCCUUUCUUCAAUAAAAGCUUUGCAACAGCA